CAUCCCCCAAAAGAAUGUAAGAGAUUCACACAUCCUCUUUCAUCUGAUCUUCAGACAAUUUCCAAGCCUGAAAUCCUUGGGAAAUCAUUUUGAAGCUCUUGGUGUAUUUUUCCUUCUGAGAAGUGUACUGCCAAAAUGAGUUCUGCAGAGAAUGCCACCUCAGAAUCUUACCCAGACUAUAAUGACCUAAUCUCACAAAUUACACAACCUUGUUCAAAGCCAGAAGUCAGGAACUUCACCAGAGCAUUCCUGCCAGUUGCAUACUCACUGAUUUGUGUGGUUGGCCUGGUUGGUAACAUCUUUGUAGUGAUGACCUUUGCUUUGUAUGAAAGAACCAAGUCCAUGACAGAUGUGUACCUCCUCAACAUGGCCAUAGCAGACAUACUUUUUGUCCUCACUCUCCCACUCUGGGCAGUGUAUUACGCUGCUGAGGAAUGGAUUUUUGGGGAUUUCAUGUGCAAGAUGAGUAAAGGGAUCUAUGCAAUCAACUUCAGCUGUGGCAUGCUGCUCCUGGCCUUCAUCAGCGUGGACAGGUACAUUGCCAUCGUGCAGGCAACAAAGUCAUUUAAACUCAGGGCAAAGACACUGGCACACAGCAAACUCAUCUGUUUGGGCGUGUGGGUGUCAUCAGUUUUAAUCUCAAGUUCCUCUUUUAUAUACAAUGAAAGUUACAACUAUCCCAGCAAUGAAACCAGAGAGAUUUGUGAUCACAGAUCCAGCAGGUGGUCCGAGAGCAAGGAGCUGAAAUCACUGCUGCUCUGCCUGCAGGUUGGGUUUGGGUUUUUCAUACCUUUCAUAUUCAUGCUUUUCUGCUACACCUUCAUCGUCAAAUCCUUGCAACAAGCUCAGAAUUCCAAAAGAAACAGAGCAAUCCACGUGAUUGUACUAAUUGUAGCUGUUUUCCUGGUUUGCCAGGUGCCUUACAACAUGGUUCUUCUUGUCGCUGCCAUAAAUAUGGGCAAGGUAGAUAAAUCUUGUGACUAUGACAAGAUUAUGGCCUAUGCGAGAUACAUCACAGAAACAAUAGCAUUUUUACACUGCUGUGUGAACCCUGUGCUCUAUGCAUUCAUUGGGGUGAAGUUCAGAAGUUAUUUUGUGAAGAUAAUGAAGGACCUGUGGUGCAGGAGGUACAAGAAAUACGAAAAACGCAGCUCCAAGACAAGCUCUGAUAUCUCUCGUUCAAGACAGACCAGUGAAAUUCUCACUGACAAUGCAUCCUCUUUUACUGUGUAA